AUGCCGGCAACGCGAAAGCACCUGCACAUAUCUAAACCCCGUCGUCGACAACGUUCCGUUUCCCUAUCCACCCGUGCUUCCCGCUGCGGAGUCAAGAAUUACAUCAAUGUUAUGAAAUCUAUCCAUCCAAACGAAGAGUCAUUUUUUCCAGUAACGAAAGAAUACAUGGAAGAGUAUAUUGCUACAAAAAAGAAGCAAGGCAGCAUCAAAGCAAAUUCGCUAGAUCAAUAUUUCCAGCAUAUUGAAAGCUACAAUAUGGCAAUGGAACAUGGAUGGGAUGCUGAAAUAUUUGAGCCGAUGAUGAGAGACGUGCUGGAAGAGCUAGAGAAGGCCGAAGGAAAGAAUCCAAAGAAGAAAACCGGAAAAGACGAUGAAGUACAGGACGAGACCGAAAAUACAACACCUCCAAUCCAACUCACCCUAGUCUGCUACGACAACUCGUCGUCACCACCAACUCGCAUCGACCCUGUUUCAAAACUCGUCUUACCCGACCUCUCUACAGCUGAUUCUGUGAAUGCCUUGAAACUGGUCUACGAGGCGCUUUCCAAGCAUCGCCACUCCAAGAGAUGGGGAGAGGUCGACAAAACUACCUUGUAUUAUCGACUCGAAUCAUGGGACGCAGAUCAGCGCUGUCCGUUGGCAGAUGAUGAUAGUUUCAAGAUGUUUUGGACUUCUGUGUGCGGGCAGGCGGAAGGCGGCAGCGCAGUACAAUUAGUGGUGUACGGAAAGAGGAAUACUAAUGGAAACGCAGCGAACGGAGGUAGAAAAGUUAAUCAAGAUAAUCGUGAUGUAGAAUCUCCAAAGACGAAUCUUGUAAUCGGCACAAAUAUCAAUCAUACGCCGACAAACUUACCUCUUGCGCCACUCACUCCACGCAAAAGUCCACCACGUUUAUCUAACACUGGGCUUGAUAUGAUAACAGGUCUGUUUGGUAUGAAUGAAUUCAAUAAUUUUGAAUUUCCCAACGCUGAGUAUUCUCCAGUAUCUUCGCCGACAUUCCAACAGAUCCGCUCAGUUACAAUUCGCUCGCCAAGUAAAGUUUACAAAAACAACAUUGCCGUAACCGACAAUACGACCUUUGAGUCCCUCAUCAACUUUGCCUUCAAAAAACCGCCUCCCUCCGGGAAGCAAUUCGUAUUAAUGAGUGCAAACGGUGAACUCGAAUACAUGCCGGGAGAUGUUGUAAGAAAGGCUAUUCAUGGGGUUGGCCACGCAGAUGUUAUUGUUAGAGUCGAAGAUGUUAGGGAAGUGGAUUUUAGUCAUUUUUGA